AUGCAGACUGCAUUUGUGAAACAAACAUUUGUGAAAGACUGUGCAUUAAGUCCAUCCGUGACAUUUCCUGGCUACUAAAUAUUCCACGGUCAACUGUUAGUGGUAUUAUAACAAAGGAAGCAACUGGGAACAACAGCAACUCAGCCAUGAAGUGGUAGACCAAGUAAAAUGGCAGAGCAGGGUCAGCGCAUGCUGAAGCACACAAUGCGCAGAAGUCACCAACUGUCUGCAGAGUCAAUAGCUAAAGACCUCCAAACUUCAUGUGGCCUUCAGAUUAGCACAACAGUGCGUAGAGAGAUUCAUGGAAUGGGUUGCCAUGGCCAAGCAGCUGUAUCCAAGCCUUACAUCACCAAGUGCAAUGCAAAGCAUUGGAUACAGUUG